UACUAUUGUUGCUGCAAUGUCGUUAACUUCAGUGCAUUAUUCUGUCAUUCUCUUGAUUGCUGUGAGUCAUGUUUGUUGCCAGACAGCCGUCAACAAGACUGGUCUAAUCUGUGACAGUACUGAUCCACUGUUACUGUGUGAUGUGGAUAAUUUGCUAACAGAAGAAAAAUCGAAUCAACUGGAAGCUUCCAUCAGUAAGGUGAACAAUGGCUCAGUAUGUGUUUGUAAUAAUUGCACCGAACAGCAUGCAGGAUAUGUAAUAGGAGUGGCAAUCGUUUCAGAGCUUGACAGUGAGGAAGAUGGUUUAACUUUUGCUGAGAAUUUAAGACAUGAAUGGCUUUUUAGUAGAACAUCAUGUGAUGAUAGUAUACUGCUAUUGUAUUCAUUUAAUGAUGGCAAGCUGUUUAUUGUCAUGGGACACCCAUUAGAAAAAAGAAUAUCAAACUCAACGAUAGAUCAGAUACAUCAAGAUUGUGAUGCGGUUGACUCAGUGGUGGAUUGUCUGGAAAUGGCUGUGGUAAAGCUCGAUGAAGCAGUCACUGAGGCAAUCAAGGAGGAGGAGACCCCUGAUGAUAACCUAAUCUGGGGUAUCCUUGGAUUUGUCACCAUUGUUACAAUAUUAGGUUUUCAUUAUUAUAUCAAAUAUUGAAAAGGUACACUUUUAAUUUUUGUUUCCAGGAUUGCUUAGAAAUGGUGUCAUAAUAUCUGAAAAAUAAGUGAUUGAUCAUGAUUAUAUGUAAUAUUUAUAAUUUAUUUAUAUUUUGGCGGUGUAAAUUAAAACAAAAAAUAUGCAAGGAAACUUUAUACAUUGUGAAGAAAACGGUGAAUAAUAAAAAAAAAUGUCUUUCAUAAUUAGUAGACUAUAUUGUAUUAUAUAACACAAUAUAGAAAAAACUUCCAUCCAUUAGUGUAAGUAAACCCACCUAAUUUUGUUUGGAAGAUUUAAGGAAAGAUUUAAAGGUCAGUCUUACUGCAAUAGUUUGUUGUAUUAUGAAAUGUUAGUAGAGUGGUACAUGACUUUUAUGCAUAGGGACUAAAAUUAUUUUCACAAAGUUUUGUUUUUGGUCCACUUGAUAGGUAUAAAACAUUAACAAUUUCACAUCCCUUAAAUAUUUUAUUGUUUUUUAGUAAUAUAAUUUUUAAUAAUAAUAUGUUUGACUUUUAGUCAAUAAUUAUGGGAUAUAUUGAUGCUUUACAUGUAUAAUGGAUAAGAGAGAGAUCUAUUUUAUAUCUAGUGUACAAUGUUUAUUAACAAUGGUUCUGAUACUUUUUAAUGUAUUGUUCUGUAUUGACAGCACUAUUGCAGAGGUGGUUAAAAGACUGCAUAUUGUACGGUAUUUCAAUUCACUGCUGUUAAUAUAGCAGGUGCUUAUAUAAAAACUAUUAAUGAUAGUGGUGAUGGGGUUUGUAGAAAUAAGUAAAACAAUAAUAAUAAGUAAGUUAACCCCAUAAUUUAUUUUAUAUGAGAUUUUUUGGUGAAAUAUACAAUAGUAUAUAAUAUAUUAUAUUCCAGUACUGUAAUUUUAUAUUAUACUGGUAUUAAAAAUACACUGGAUUGUGAAUGAAAGUGAUAACAAAAAUGAAUGAACUACUAAUUUUAUUCCAUUGUUUGGUUUAACUUUCAUGUUGACAAUGAUGACAGUGACGACCAUGACGGUUACAACAAUGACAUUGACGGUGAAGGCCAGCCAUAAUAAGUGCUUAUUGCAAUGAUGAUCAUGGCAAUGUAAUGUAAGGGAAUUUAUAUUGUGCUUUAUACAGAGGUCUUGGGAUGUUGACUAGCUUGCACAGUAACUUCCUUCUCCCUUAGGGUCUGAGGUCAGCUGCAAGCCGGUGCCAGCGACUCUCAACUGUCGACAACAGGGGCUGCAUGGAUCAGUUCACCAGGAUAAUAAUAAUGGCCUCUACUCGUCUUGAAAGAUGUAUUGGGUUUUUUAAAAAUGCGAAUGAACUUAUCCAAGAAUUAUUAUUCCACCAUAUAUGAAAUACAGUGCUGUGUACUUGGUCGCACCCCAGCCUUAACCACUCUGCCAGUCGACACAAUGGUGAUGAUAUUGAUGAUGAUGACGAUUAUUUAAACAAACAAACAAACAACAUAAUUAAAGAAGCCCUUCUUAUGACUUAGUAACCCUAUAGAAAAUAUUGACAUUUGCUUGUAAUGCCUGGUUUAUUUCCACCCUGUAAUUGCUAACUUUAGCCAACUCAUGUUAGUAUUAUAAAUUUGACCCCUCUUAAAAAAAGAUAAUACUAUUUGAUUUGACCUAAUAAAUAACAUUGAUACAGUACAUGGGAUCUUGCAGAAAAAUAUGUAUUUGAGUUAUACUAGUUGAUAAUUUGCAUUAAUAGGUCGAAUACGAACCUUUUGUUCGUUUGUGGCGUUAAUGAAAUACACAGAAUCAUUUAGAAAAAAAAUAUUUACACUAAUCAGAAUGCUGUCGAUUUAUAUUAAAUAUAAAGUUUAGGUAAGAGCAGGUAUUUACAAUACUCUAUGCCGAUUGUAAUCUAUCGAUAAGCAAACAAAUUAUCUCUGACAACCUUUGAGCUAACAUCUGUAGACAUCAAAAUUGAUAAAUCUGUACAGUACACAAUUAGAGCUGCUGUUAUUUCCCGCAGUAGGCUCGCCUGUCAUGAAACAAAUUGUUGCAGGUUUUAUAAAUACAGCACAAUUAUUCACCCAAGUUGGGUAAGAAUGGGGAAGAUUAUUGGAUUACUACUGCUGUUAGGAUCGAUAUGUAGAUGUUCUGCAGGUGUUGCAUUCCCGAGCGGUAUAGUAUUUGAGCCCGUCAAUUUCACUGACGUCACUGAGGAAAACUUGCGUUACUAUGCUGAUCAGAAGAAUACGGGAACGGAACUGUUCUUGACUUCAGAACACAUAUCCAAGAAGCUAUCCCUAAGCUUGAAAGUUUCGGAUUUUGUGGACACAAGUAGUCUCUACUUCAGGGCUCAUCCAAAGAUGUUUGAAUGCCUUCAAAAAGUGAAUACUAAUAUGUCAGAAUCAGGAAAGAUUAGAAUUGUAAACGGAUACAAACCAGACGGACUGAUCACCGAAAGGAAUGAUCAAAACCGUUACAUAGCAUCAGGAGCUGGUUGUGACUUCAAAGUUGAGGAUUUCAGUGGAUUCAGCUUAUCCAUGCAUAACGUUGCGGACGUUGUUAUUCAACUGUGUGUUCCAAUAUUCCAGAAAAUUAACAGAGACAUCGGAAUAGCAGUAAUGGACGACCGAGUGCACUUACACAUCCGAGGUGCAGAAGACGGUGAACCGUAUUUUAGUGUCCAGGAUGGUUCCAUGACAGAUGGUGAAUUCAAAGAACACGCCUUAGAUGUUAUCGAUAAAGCUUAUGAUCCUGUCAAAUUUCCAUCAACGUGCUCUGUGGAUCCAUUUACAUCUGGAGAGACUUAUCCAGAUCACGUCACGUCGGCAGAGGAAGCAGUUGGAAAAGUGGAUUAUCCAAUCAGAAGAAACGACACUGAAGAGUUUAAAAAAUUGGUACAGUAUCCAGCUCGUCUUAUUGAUUUCGAGAACUCAGAACAUUCAUCCGCUUGGUGUGGACUAAACACUCGCAGUUGCAUUGAUUGCAGGCAAACUAUACACGGAUCAACAUUAUCUUCAAGAUGUUCAGAUCGUACAAUGACUGCUAGGCUGAUGAGUGUGCUGCAGAAAGUACAAAAGAUGACAUCAAACGCGUUUACUGGAGAAAAGCUAGUUGUAAUGGAAGCCUGGGAUGAAGCAUACGCUGAUGCGCCAGAGCUCAAUGGUGAUAAUCCAGAGGGCUCACUACAUUAUGAAGGUCGAGCUGCGACCGUCAGACUAUCAGGAGGAGAUGCAGCGAGACUUAGUCACGUGGCCUCGUUUGCAAGAUGCAGUGGUGCCGAUUACGUAAAACAUAAUGGUGAUCAUAUCUUCAUCGCAGUACAGAAGCAGGCUGGAUCUGUUGCUAAGAAAGUCCAGUUUCCAAGCAAUCAGCUGAUUGUUGUAGCGCCGCCAAAUUCACAGUUACCCCAUCAUGAACUUCCAGUCAGAUUCCAGGCUUAUGGAGAUGAGACGAUGCCAUUGUUUGACAGUGAUCAUCAGAUGGAUAAGCUAGUUUCUCUAGAUUCUCCAUUGUCAAACUUUGUUUCCAUGGAAUCGCGGUACCUUCGUUUGAAUCCACUGCUGACAAGAUGUUACCAAGCACUGAUCACCAAAGAAAAUAAAUGGCGAGAAGGUAAACCAGCUAUUAAUAUACAAGUUCUGUGGUCCUACCUAACCAGCACUCAGCGUGAUUCAAUGUUAGGCACGGAGGACCCACGUUAUGAAACUCCAACACUCGGUCGUGCAAUGCAAGUUAUGUAUGAUGCAGCUACUGUGGACGAUUCCAAAAGCUUUACUACAAGGCGUCUUUCUAACCUGAUAGCCCAUCAGUGCGGACCCAUAUUUCAAACGCCCGGUUAUCAGAUUGGCAUUGGAUUGUACACCGAUUCAGUAUUUGUCGAUUUAAGAAGCUCGUUCAAAGCUUGGGUUGAAGAUGAAGAACUUCUGAGUGAGGAGACAGAAGAGGAAUUCGCUCAAGAUCUCAGAGACAGAACUAAAGCUGCUUUAGAGAGCCGUUUAAUUGAUCCGGACGACAAGGAAACUGCCUGCAAGUCUACAGUAAAACCCCAGAAACAGUCGAUCGAAUUUCAUCACACAUUUCCAGAGUUAUGGUCAACAUUCACUCCUGUAAACCCCGGUGAUUGUCAACCAAUGGUAAAUACUGAAUUUUGCAAGGAAACCAAGAAUCACCGAGAAGAAGAGGUUAACAGAUUAUGGACUGAGAUUACACGAAAGCAUCUGUAUCGCGCUAAGAACGAUGUGAAAAAUGCUCUCGAAGGAUGCUUCGGUGAUUGCAGCACUUGUGAAGAAGGUGUCUACUACGAAUCUAAAAUUGAAAACUGUAACAACCUUCUGCACUGGAUACCGUUUGAGUUUCUCGAGGAGCGAGAUAAAUCAAAUUUUUACGCUCGGGAAAAUGAAGAAAUGAAGGCAUACGCCUGCCAGGAACAUUGCAUUGAUAGUUCCCCGCUGUUUUCCUUAUUUGCUCCUUCGGUAGAAGCCGAUUUUCGGUUUGAUCCAAAGAAAAGUGCCAAGCAAGAUCUUUACACAACAAAUGAAAACCCACUUCCAGUCAACGACUUGAUGUACAAACUAUAUGCACUUUACUCGAAAGGAACUGUAAAGUUCUGGAUACUGGAUGAAACCGAACUUUUAACCCUUAAAAACCCACUACAGGUACUUAUGGUCUACAAUAAGGAUGUUACUGACAUAGAGAUAAAUGUCGCAGCAACUGUCAACAUGAAUAGCGUAAUCAAUGUAAUGAAAAGUCUUAUCAUGGAUUGGUCUACCACUGGGUGUCCUGACUAUUCUCGUGAAUCUAUGCCGCCUUUCUCUGUACGUGGCAUUACCAAUCAACUAUAAUAGCCACAUUUUAGCUGCCUCGAAUAACUCAUGUGAUAUAGAUUGCUGUGUUAUACUUACUUUACGUAUCCAUAAAAUUCGGUACACGCCAUCGCCGACUCCUUUGGCAACGCUG